CUAUCCCCACUCUCUCUCCUCCCUCUCUCUUUUCUCUCUCUCUCUCUCUCUCUCUCUCUCUCCACACAUACACACAAUUUUUGUAUCUAUCUACCUAUACAUACACAUACAUACAUAUAUAUAUAUAUAAAUGUUUGGCAUUGUCUUGUCCGAAACUCAUUUCCGUUCACUGCAAAAAAAAGGGUUUUAAGUUUUCUCCCAAAAUGAUCAGAUCAGACGCCUGCAAAUUACUUCAACAUCCAUGGCUUCCAGAAGAAGAAGAUCUGAAGAAGAAGAAAUCAUUCCACAAUCACGACGACAAAUCGUGCUCCUCCUCUUCCUACACUUCAUCAAUCGGUGAAGAAUCCAUGGAAGAAGACGACGACGAAGACGACGACGACUCAGUAACCUCUCCACUCAACACACCAUCAUCGUCGUCGUCUUCCUCGUCUCCAUCCUCGUCUCCGUCGUCCCCGUUUUCCUCCGUUACCGGCCGCCGGAAUCUCUACGACCUAUCGGAAAUCAUGGCGCAGCUCCCUAUCAAGAGAGGGCUGUCGAAAUUUUACGAAGGGAAAUCAGAGUCGUUUACGUCACUCUCUAGUGUUACUAGCACUGAAGAUCUUGCUAAGAAGAACUCAACAAUGGCGGUUCCGUACAGUUGCAGGAGGAAUCUGAAGCUGAAAGCUUCUAAGAGCUGUGGGAAUGGUUUGAACAGCAGCUACAAAGCCAAGGCUAUUAUUUCAAAGAGAAAUAACAGUAGUAUUCAUUCUAGGGUUUCUUCUCUAUCUUCAUUUUCGACCAAAAGAGGAAGCUUUAUCAUCUCCACCAAACCUCCAAUGGUUCCUCCUCUGCACAAGAAUUAAUUUACAGUGUUUGAUUUUACCUAAUUUCUUUUCUUGUUUUCCCACAUAUAGAGAGAGAUCUAGAGAGAGAGGGAUUUUGUAAAGGAAAUUGAAGUUUUGUUCUUUCAUUCGGUCAAAGUAUGUAAAGUUAGAGAGAGAAAAAGGAAUAGAUCAAAGAUUGAAUUUUUUA